UAAACUAAACAUAACCUUUCUUACUCUGAUAGUCUGAUUCCUUUGUAGCUCCAUAUCUAUAAAUAUAAAAUUUGAGUUCGACUAAGUUUUUUUUUAUUGUCUCAUUUGAUCAUGAGAAGAGCUAGAGUGAAAGCUACAUUUUGUGUAGGAAAAAAAAAGACGGUUUCUUCUCAAAAAGUAAUAGAAAACCAAGAUGAAAAAUGUGAUUCAAGUGAACAGAAAGUUAAUUCUCUAAAUGUUGAACAAAAAUUAGCUCAAGAAUCUCAAGAUGAACAAGUUAAACCUCCGGAAAUGGUUAUUUCUAACACAGAAUUCACAUCAAAGGAAAGCUCCAAAACUCCAAUUAUUCACCAAGAAAAUCCGAAUCCUACAGAACAUUCUAAUAUUCCAAUAGUUUCUAAAUUUCCAAGUAGUUCAACAAAUUCUGUUACUCCUGAACCUCUUAAAGAAAACUCAAUACCAAAUGAACAAGUUAAACCUCCGGAAAUGGUUAUUUCUAACACAGAAUUCACAUCAAAGGAAAGCUCCAAAACUCCAAUUAUUCACCAAGAAAAUCCGAAUCCUACAGAACAUUCUAAUAUUCCAAUAGUUUCUAAAUUUCCAAGUAGUUCAACAAAUUCUGUUACUCCUGAACCUCUUAAAGAAAACUCAAUACCAAAUGAACAAGUUAAACCUCCGGAAAUGGUUAUUUCUAACACAGAAUUCACAUCAAAGGAAAGCUCCAAAACUCCAAUUAUUCACCAAGAAAAUCCGAAUCCUACAGAACAUUCUAAUAUUCCAAUAGUUUCUAAAUUUCCAAGUAGUUCAACAAAUUCUGUUACUCCUGAACCUCUUAAAGAAAACUCAAUACCAAAUGAACAAGUUAAACCUCCGGAAAUGGUUAUUUCUAACACAGAAUUCACAUCAAAGGAAAGCUCCAAAACUCCAAUUAUUCACCAAGAAAAUCCGAAUCCUACAGAACAUUCUAAUAUUCCAAUAGUUUCUAAAUUUCCAAGUAGUUCAACAAAUUCUGUUACUCCUGAACCUCUUAAAGAAAACUCAAUACCAGUGAUUAAUUGUGGUCUAAUGAACAGAAGCAAAUUUAAAGUAGUUCCUAAGUUGAAAGGUAGAAAAACAUGUUCUAAGUCAAUUUCUUCAGAAAUCACAGAAUCAAAAACUCAUUUUGUUCCAACUACAACUCAGGAAUCCUUAAAUACUCCAUGUCUUCAAGAAUCAACGUCAAAUUCUUCAGCCAAAUGUUCUUCCUCAGAAAAUGUUACUUCACCAUUGAAUUGUAUCAAUUCAAUACUUCCAUUGAGUCCUAGCAAAAUUAAAAGUAUUUCUGCAUUAGAAAACAGACAUUUUUCUGGCUCUAGUGAUUUAAAAGAUGGAAGUGAGACAAUUAAUUCUGGAAUAAGAACACAAUCUGUUUCUGCAAGUAAUACAUGUCUUCAAGAUUCAACAUCUAAUUCUCCAGCCAAAUGCUCUUUAUCAGAAAAUGUUUCCUCACCUGUGAAUUAUGUACCUCCAUUAAGUCCUAGCAAAAUAUGUAGGAGCAAAAAAAAAGUUAUUCCUGUAUUAGGAAAUAGAAAACAUUUUUCUAGUACUAGUGAUUCAGAGGAUGGAAGUAAGAGAAUAACUUCUAGAACAAGAACAGAAUCUCAAUGCUCAAAUAUUUCUGGUAUUCAGGAAACGACAUUGGAGCAAACGUCAAUACUGAAGAAAAAUGAAUACACUGCUGAAAUAAAAAAGAAAUGCAGAAAAACUGAAGCAUCAAAAAAAUUAGAAGAAGCUAGAAAGGAGUUUGCUAAGAAAUAUGUUAAUUGCAAACCAGAUCAUAAAAAAUUAACUAUGAUGGAUCUUAUUUUCUAUAAUCCCACUACAAAUCCUAUGAGAAAUGAGAAAAAGAAAGUGAAAGUUGGAUCUGAAAUUUCUGAAGAAGAAGAAAAUGUGGAUAAUCCUUCAGAAAUUGGAAAUGACGAUUCAUCAAGAAAAGAUGAGGGGAAUGCAGAAAAAAGUGAUGAGGAAGAAGAAAGAAUAGCUCCACGGAUAAAAAUUGGUCCUAACGGUGAGAUUGUCUUGGAUGAAAAAAGCUUGGUUAUUGAGAAUAAAAAGACGAAAAAAGCUCUUGAAGAAAUAGCAAAAUCAAAAGCAAUUGAUGGAGACUCGGAUAGAUCAUAUGGUUUUUAUAAACGCUUCAAACGUCCCAAAGAUUGGUCUAAAUCAGAAACAGUAAAAUUUUAUAGAGCUUUGAGUACAGUUGGAACUGAUUUUUCUCUAAUGAAUGAGCUCUUUCCUAAGAGAUCAAGACGGGAACUUAAGAUGAAAUUCAAAAAAGAAGAAAAAACAAAUCAAGCUCUUAUAGACCAAGCUAUUAUGAAGCCUUGUAAUUUCAAUUUUGAAGAAUUAAAAUCCGAAUUUCAACUGAUGGAAAUUGAAGAACUCGAAAUUGAACAACAACAGCUAAACAACCUGAAUAAAAAAAAACAAAACAAAAAGAGUUCCAAAUUAUCGAAAAUUACGCAGGAAAGUAAUUCAUAUGAUGAUGUUGAGAUUAGUCAUGGUGAUGCAACAAAUUCAAAAGUGGUCACAUCUGUACAUGAAAAAUCAUUAAAAAAAAAGGGACAGAAACCACAAAAUCCAAAACAGCCAAAACAUCCCAAAAAACUCGAUAUUUUAAGUGUUCUCAGCAGUGAAAGUGACCAUAGUGACGAAGCAAGUGUAGAUUCUGAGGAACUUCCUUUCUGGAACUCAACUCAAACAACAAGGUAUGGGAGGAAAACAAAGAAGAGGAAAAUGUAUGAACCAAAUAUUGACACAGAUGAAAACUUGAUUGAAACAAUUCCUAAAAAAAUUAGAAAAACAAAUCCUGAACCUGAGCCCCUUCAAAAGCCUGGAUCUCUUAUGGUGGUUUCUUCAGAAACAACGGAUGGAAAGCCAAUGGUACAAAUAUAUAUGGUUACUGAUGAUAAAGCAAACAAUAGUAAUCAAAAAGAAGUAAACAAUAAAAAUCUUUUGCCAAUUGCUAUGAUAAGAACAGGACAUACAGAUGAUGAAGCUGAAGAAGAAAUAGUUGAAAAUAAUUAUACAAUACCAGCAGAGUAAAAUAUAAUUUUGCAAAGCAAUAUAGAAAAAAAACUUAUCACAAACAAUAAAGAAAAUGUGGAAUAAAUUGCAAUAGUUUAAUCAUACAAAGAUUAAACAAAUUGAGCUCCUAUUGGUAAUUAUGAAGAUCCUGAGUAUGCCUAAUGUUUUUUCAUAGUGAUUGAAACUUAAAAGAUAGUAAAGAAUUGAAUCAAUAAAAGCAUUCCAUCAUCUUCAAGGAAACCGAGGAAAGAUAAACAUUUCAAA